AUGUGGAAGCUGAAGGUGGCGGAGGGCGGUAGCCCCUUGCUGCGGUCGACAAACGGCUUCGUCGGGCGGACCGUGUGGGAAUUCGACCUUGACUUCGGCACGCCGGAGCAGCGCGCCGAGGUGGAAAAGGCGCGCCGAGAGUUCUCCAACCACCGCUUCCAGCGCAAGCAUUCCGCCGAUGUCCUCAUGCGCAUGCAGUAUGCAAAAGCCAAGCCUCUUCAUAUGGACCUUCCUGCUGUCAAGCUGGGGGACAAUCAAGACAUUACGGAGGAAGCUGUGUUGACCUCCUUGAAACGGGCUAUCAGUCGCCUCUCUACUCUCCAGGCAAAUGAUGGACACUGGCCUGGCGAUUGUGGUGGUCCUCUGUUCCUUUUGCCAGGCUUGAUUAUAAUGUUGUAUGUGACUGGAGCGUUGAACGUUGUUUUAUCUUCGGAACAUCAGAGGGAGAUGCGCCGGUAUCUCUAUAAUCAUCAGAAUGAAGACGGAGGGUGGGGGUUGCACAUUGAGGGCCCCAGCACAAUGUUUGGCACAACCUUGAACUAUGUUACUCUGAGAUUGAUUGGCGAGGGCCCAAACAGUGGAGAUGGAGCUAUGGAGAAAGGCCGAAAUUGGAUCUUGGAGCACGGAGGAGCAACAUAUACAACAUCAUGGGGCAAGUUUUGGCUAACGGUACUUGGAGUAUACGAUUGGUCUGGUAACAACCCGCUGCCACCAGAAAUGUGGCUGUUGCCAUAUAACCUGCCUUUUCACCCAGGUCGAAUGUGGUGUCAUUGCAGAGCGGUUUAUUUGCCUAUGUCUUACAUCUAUGGAAAGAGGUUUGUUGGUCGUAUCACACCACUUGUCUUGGAAUUGAGAAAUGAACUCUAUGAAGACCCGUACAAUCUGAUUGAUUGGAACAAGGCUCGAAACCAGUGCGCAAAGGAAGAUUUGUACUAUCCGCAUCCAUUUCUUCAGGAUGUCUUAUGGGCCACUCUCCACAAGUUUGUCGAACCAGUUAUGAUGCAUUGGCCUGGGAUCAAAUUUAGGGAGAUUGCUUUGCGCACUGCCAUGCGCCACAUUCACUAUGAAGAUGAAAACACUCGAUAUAUUAACCUUGGUCCUGUAAACAAGGUAAUGAAUAUGCUUGCUUGUUGGAUUGAAGAUCCAAAAUCAGAGGCAUUCAAACUCCAUGUUCUCCGAAUUUAUGAUUAUUUAUGGCUUGCUGAAGAUGGUAUGAAAAUGAAGGGCUAUAAUGGCAGCCAGCUGUGGGAUACAGGUUUAACAGUUCAGGCAAUUGUGAGGACCAACCUCAUUGAAGAGUUUGGUCCAACUCUUAAACUAGCGCAUGCCUUUAUUAAGAAUUCACAGAUCCUUGACAAUUGCCCUGGAGAUUUGAACCAGUGGUAUCGGCACAUGUCAAAAGGUGGAUGGUCAUUUUCUACAGCUGAUCAUGGUUGGUCUGUAUCAGAUUGCACUGCAACAGGACUAGAGGCCGCACUAUUGUUAUCAAUGAUUUCUCCUCAAAUAGUUGGUGAGCCGAUGGAAGUUGACAGAGUUUAUGAUGGUGUAAAUUGUCUCAUUUCUCUUAUGAAUGAUAAUGGUGGAUUUGCAACAUUUGAACUCACAAGGUCAUAUGCAUGGUUGGAGCAUAUUAAUCCUUCUGAGACCUUUGGGGGCAUAAUGAUUGAUUACCCGUAUGUUGAAUGCACAUCAUCAUCAAUUCAAGCUCUAGCUUUAUUUAAGAAACUCUACCCAGAGCACCGCAGGAAAGAGGUGGACAACUGUAUCAGCAAGGGUGCAGAUUUCAUUGAGAGCAUACAAAGAAACGAUGGUUCAUGGUACGGCUCUUGGGGCGUCUGUUUCACCAACGCCACAUGGUUUGCAGUGUUUGGAUUAGUUUGUGCUGGCCGGACGUUCAAGAACAGUUCUGCAAUAAAAAAGGCAUGUGAUUUUCUAUUAUCAAAAGAGCUUCCUUCCGGUGGCUGGGGAGAGAGCUAUUUGUCGUGUCAGGACAAGGUUUACACAAAUCUUGAAGGCAUGCGACCACAUGCAGUGAACACUGGUUGGGCCAUGCUAGCCCUAAUUCGUGCAGAACAGGCAGAAAGAGAUCCAGCACCACUGCAUCGGGCAGCUAAGGUUUUGAUCGACUUGCAGUUAGAGGAAGGAGAAUUUCCACAGCAAGAGAUCAUUGGAGUCUUCAACCAAAAUUGCAUGAUCGGUUACUCCCAGUACAGGAACAUCUUCCCUAUAUGGGCUCUAGGAGAGUAUCGUACCAGGGUCCAUGUUGCAGGGAAGAAAUAG